AUGGCUCUGGGUGGGACAGUGGACGUUCUGGCUACAGAGGACCCAGACGCAGCAGUAGAGGAGCACGAGGAACUGCAAAUCUACGAGAAACACAACAACCUGCUGCACGGUAGCAAGAAAAAGAAGGACAAGAUUGUGAGUAAGGAGUUCAUGAGGAAGUACAUCCACAUCGCCAAGGCGGUGACGCCCGUGCUGACAGAGGAGGCGGCCAAUCACAUCGCAGAGGAGUACUCGAGGCUGAGGAGCCAGGAGCAGCUGGGGGCCGAUAUCGCCAGG